CGCUUCUGCCGUGCGAUGCCGGGGAAGGCGGGUACAUCCCCGGGGGCUCCAUUCCCGUUCUCCCGCUCCCCGUGUCGCACGCCCCGCCGGGAAGCGCUGCCGCUGCGUGUCCGCACCCCUGCGCGGGGGGGUGCGGGAGCUGCCAGCGCCAGCCCCGGGGCGGCCCCGGCCCUUCCGCCGGCGCUGGUGUCGCUGUGUCCCCGUCCGGACGACGCGCAUAGCGGCCGGGCAGGGCGGUGCGCGGGGCGGUGCCGGUGCCCAGGCCGGGCCCCGGGGCUGGGCGAGGCGGAGCCCGUCGGGCAGCGAGGCCGGUCCCAUGGGAGCCCGGCGGGCCGGUGGGUGCCCAUGGCUUUCAGCCCGGGGCUGUUGGUGGUGGCCGGUUCCUUCGCCGCUUUCCGCCUGCUGAACCGGGGGCUGGAGCGGCUCGUGCCGCCGCCGCCCUCGGCCCGGCGCAACCGCUGGAAGUGGCGCAACAUCUGGACAUCGCUGGCGCACAGCGUGCUCAGCGGCGGCGGGGCGCUGGCCGGGUUCUACCUCCACCCCGAGAUGUCCAACGACCUGGUGGGCACACACCCGCCCGGGGCGCACAGCCUGGUGGCCGUGUCUGUAGGCUAUUUCAUUGAAGACUUUGUGGACAUGUUGUGCAAUCAGAAACUUCAUCAGUCCUGGGAGCUGCUCUUUCAUCACUCUGUGGUGAUCAUCUGCUUUGGCAUUGCCGUGCUGCUCCACCAGUACGUCGGCUUUGCCCUCGUGGCUUUACUGGUGGAGAUCAACUCCAUCUUCCUCCACCUGCGGCAGAUCCUGCUCAUGGCCAACCUGGUGCACACCACCUGCUACCGCCUCAACAGCCUCAUCAACCUGGGCACCUACGUGGUGUUCCGCAUCGCCACGCUGGCCUGGAUGACCCGCUGGCUCUUCCUCAACCGCCAGAACGUGCCCGCGGCCACCUACGCCGUGGGCACGGUGGGCAUGGCAAUCAUGACGCCCAUGAACAUCAUCCUCUUCUACCGCCUGCUGCGGAGUGACUUCCUCAAAGCCAGGCGGGAGAAGGAGGAAUAGCCCCUCCCCUGCGAGCGGGGCAGUUCCAAGCCCAUGGAGCACGUGGAGGGUGAACGUGGCUGUUCCUGUUUCUUUCGGUACCUUGCAGGGAGGGGCUGCACUAACAGAGCAUCCAGGCUUUGCUUGUGGCUCAAGAGCACAGCAGAGGUGCUCGUGGACCAGGCACUGUGGCUCUGCUCCCCAAACACUUUUGGAUGAUGUGGGUGGAGGCUCAGAGAAGCCUCGACAGCUCUCACAGCUCCCUGAGGCACCACUGAGAUGAGAAGGGGGCAGAGCAGCACUGUUUCCCCACUGCUCUUCCAGACAUCCCAACACCACAGAGUGUUUCCAACCCCUUCGGUGCUGCGGCCCCCAGCGUCCCAUCAGCCACGGGACACUGAGUUCUCUGUGGCAUCUCCUAUGGGAACACCACCAGCAUGACAGGUUCCAAGGCUUUGCCUUCGAGGUGAUGGUCGGUAAAAACCAAAUCCUGCACUGAUGAGCCCUCCCUGAGGAGAUUUCCCAGGCUGAGACCUGGCUGGGUGGCAGCUGCCCACUGUGGGGUGCAGGCUGGGGGCAGCCCCAACCUCUCCUGCCAACUGGAGCUUUUUCCGUGUUGUUUUGUCCCCAGAUAAUUUAAGUGCCCAUAAAUGAGCGUAGGAGAGCACGAGUGGCUGGUGGGAGGAUGCUGUGUGGUGGCCACUUCCCACAGAUGUGGGGUUUUCAGGCACUUUUUUAGGAUUCAGGCAUCUGUUAGGAGUGCCAAAUUGUGCUGCAGAGCCCGGGGUAACGCUCUCACCCGGCAGCAGAGGCUCUUACUAACGUGAGCUUUUAAUAAAUGGCUGCAAAUGAAGUGGCUUGAGGGGAAAGGACUGAGAGGGGACGAGAGGACUCAGCAUCCCAGCCCAGUCUGGGUGUGUCACUGCUUAGCACAGUCCUUACCCCGAGUCUCCCUGCCAUGGAGUGAAAAUACACCGUACACUGGCACACUCU